AUGUUGCGGGCUUCUGCUGGCUCGAUCAAGUUGACGAAUCUGUACGGGGCGCCGACUGGCGACGCGUAUCACACAAGCACCCCGUACGCUAACUUAAUUGAGAUCGAUGGUGUGCGUAUCCUUCUUGAUUGCGGAUGGAACGAUGAGUUUGGCUCGAGCUACCUUAGUGCGCUGCUGCCACACUUGGAGGACGUCCACGCCGUUCUCUUCUCGACUCCUGAGCUCUGCUCGUGUGGGGCGCUCCCCUUCGUAAUGGAGCAUAUCCGCCCCGGAACCCACGUCGCGGCUGCUGGUUCCACUGCAAAAAUCGGGCUUCAUGGCGUUCUGCACCCGUUCCUUUACCUCUUUCCCAACAGUCACACAUGGCAGCUCGACUCCGGCGUGGAGUUCGAGAUGACAGUUGACAAAAUAUACAGCGCCUUUCGGAGUGUGACAGAACCGUACGGGGGCAAAGUGACAGUUCGUCACCGGGAUGUGGAGGUUGAAUGUUACCCCAUCUUUACUGGCAGAAUGCUUGGUGGUCACGGGUGGCUCAUAAAGUACCAGAUUGAUGAGCUUCUCUAUUGCCCAGAUUUUUCCUUGAAGCCCUCUUAUGCAUUAAAGCGAUUUGUGCCACCAACGACGUCAUCGCUCCUCUUUAUUGAUGCUUCGCCGCUACACUUGAGUGGCAACUCGGGACGGAAGUAUGAAGAUCAGUUGAACUCAUUCAUACGGGAGGUUUUAAGUACGCUCCGAAACGGGAAGGAUGUGCUGAUACCAGUAUCCGUGGCGGGGAGGGGUCUUGAAGUGCUCACGAUUGUUACGCAUCUUCUAAUGGAGAAGGGAGGCGAUAACUAUGCCGUGGUCCUUGCGUCGAUGCAGGCUUCGGAAUUGAUAGGGAAAGCAAGCACCAUGACUGAGGCCCUCCUUGACGAGAUUAUCCUCAGUGAACACCAGCUCUUCGGGAAUGUGGUGACUUGCAAAACGGCGCAAGAGGUUAUGAGUGUGGCAGGUCCAAAGGUAUGCAUAGCGGAUGGUGAAACUCUUGAUUACGGCGUGUCAGCUGAGCUUCUUGAAUACUUUAUGCGGAGUGGCGCUGAUGAGCGUGAAAACCUAAUUGUGUUGCCGACAACGCCGAAACAACAGACAAAUGCCUUUCAUUUGGCAGCUGCAGUCAAGGGGGAUUAUGUCAACUUGCGGUACACAAUGCGUUUGCCACUCGGUAAGGAGGAGUUGGAGGAGUACUACCUCCAGCUAGAGGAGGAGCUAGAGGAGCAACGAAAGAUUAUGGAAGGUGGCGCAUACGAGGUGGCCCCGCUUGACGAAGGCGCAAGCGAUGAUGAUGAUGAUGAUGAUGAUGAUGACGCGGAUGGGAAAUCAGAGAAGCCCCUGGAUAAGGUGCAGCAGUGCACGCCAGGGCUUGUUCUCCCCUCUUACAUCAGCUUUAUCUCAAAGCACCUUCAGUUUCCCAUUCUCGAGACGUCCGCUUCGCUAAACAGUGCUCUGCUGAAGAAAAUGGAUUGCUCGUACGGUCUUCCCCUCAGCGACGAGUUGCAGGCCCUUAUGCGUCGCAAAGCCCCUGCCCGUGUAUACAGCGAUGAAGGACCAGAAGGAAUCCAGUUGCACAAUGAUGCUCAGGCAGAGGCAAACAUCCCUUCUAAAAUACAGAUUAUAACCGCUGCUGUGUGUAAAAACUCGCGCGUGUUGAUGACAGACCUUUCAGGGUUUGCUGAUGCCGUGACCAUGCGGAGUUUGCUCAAAUCUCGCUUUGGGUUCGCCAAGAAGAUGGUUGUGAUCCGUGGUACCAUCGAUGACCACCGCACACUGACUCAGUUCUGCCGCUCAGAGAAGGUAAUGAAGUGCGGCGAAAAUGUAUUUCUCCCAAGGGCGCAGGGGACACACCUGGAGCUGGCUACCCACGUGUACUCGUACGUGGUGCAGCUGGAUCCAACAUUGGCCAACGCACUUCCAUCCGCGUUGCGGCGGGUGAAGGAGUCGCGGUCGAGCGGCUCGUGGGAUGUCGGUUGGGUGGACGGUGUACUGGUGAGCUCAGUUGCUUCUGCCAGACUCAAUGAUGACGAGGAACAGCCGGAAAAGCGACUGCGAACAGAAGAUGCUGAUGGUGGUGGCGGUGGUGGUGUCACACAGGACGGCAUGUAUACCCUCACUCCACUCUCAAGCGAGAAUGCACAACUGUGUGCACAGGAACGUGAAACGCGGGGGCUGCAACGGGGACUGUUUUAUGUUGGUGAUGCGGAUCUGCACAAGCUCCGUGAUGCGGCGCGAAAUGACAAGGGUCUUCGCGGCGAAUUUCACAAGAGUGCCCCCAUGCUUGUUUUUGACGCUGGUGUCUGCGUGCGAAAGAACGCCAAUGGGAAUGUGUCCUUGUCCUCGAUGGUGUCACCCUCCGUCUUUGCACUUAGGAAGGCAGUCUACAACCAGUUUUCACAAAUCCUCUAG